AUGGGUGCACUGUACUACCUCUCGAACUUCUGCUCAGUGGCCAGUCCAAGGAGGAUUGGAAGAGGAAGAAGAAGAAGGAAACCUCUGCAGGUGGGGUCUCUCUCUCUCUCUCUCUAGUUCUAUAUAUAUCAUUGCCCUCAGUGUCUUUUCGAGUGUGGUUUGAACAGACGGUGGAGGUGAAUGUGAAGAUGGACUGCGAAGGGUGCGAGCGGAGGGUGAAGAAUGCUGUCUGCUCAAUGAGAGGUAUCGACGGCGCGCCUACUUCGUCAUCAUACUGCCAUGAAACGCGGAAAUGUUUGCCAAUGGUCAUCUGGAUAAAACCCUCAAAAUAUCACGUAUCUGAUUCUUGUUUCAAUGACAUUCCCUACUCGGCGAGGAGAAGAUCAGAGACUGUGGGAUUAUACUCCAGAUAACUGCAGUUGAAGAACAUGCCAAACUUCUUGUUCUCAGAGAUCCUAACCUAACCCAAGCUUUUAGUAUUGAUAAAUCCUGAAUCCAUUGUGCCCACCGUGGUUGGAGAACGAUCUCGUGCUUCAAACAAAUGGUGAUCCGUAUGAUUCAAUGUAUAAGCUUAUUUUUCACCACCAAAUUCCUUUGAAUUUAGGGUUUUGAUUUUUCUAAAUUUGUUCUUGGAUAGAUUAUUAUGUUCUUCAGUAACGCCACUUUUGGCUUCUCAAAAAUCCCAGGCGAUCGAACUGCAUGGUAAUGAUUAUUAUCUUUCCACUGUUCCGAAAGCACACCAAAUUGUGGAUAAGCUUGAAAACCCGAUAUAUUUAUCCAAACUUGCGUUAGAAAAAUAAGCAUGAACGAACAAAAAAUUAAUGAAGAAAAAUAUUGAUAAUUUAUUUUCCCAUGUUACACCAGGAACUGGGUGAGAGGCAAGGUCUGAGCUUUUUUCCAAACUUUUUUUUUUUUCUGGUCUGGAGCCCAUUAUAGGUUUGAGAUGGCUAAUAAGGUAGCAUGUUUGCCAAUGUUCUUAUUUAGAUGAAUUCUGUGAAUUGCAGGGGUGAUGUCAGUGGAUGUGAACCGGAAGCAGAGCCGAGUGACGGUGACCGGGUACGUUGACCGCAACAUGGUGUUGAACAAGGUGAGGAGCACCGGGAAGACGGCCGAGUUCUGGCCGUACGUCGCCUACAACCUGGUCUCCUACCCCUACUUGCCUCAGGUUUACGACAAUAAGGCUCCCUCCGGCUAUGUCCGCAACGUCCCUCAGGCGGCGCCGCCGUCCCCUGACGACUACGGCAACCGCUACUCAACCCUCUUCAGCGACGAGAAUGUGAACGCCUGCUCCGUGAUGUGA